AUGGUGGUACGGAUCCGGCUGGCGCGGUUCGGGUGCCGGAACCGGCCCUUCUACCGGGUGAUGGCCGCCGAUAGCCGCUCCCCGCGCGACGGCAAGCACCUCGAGGUCCUCGGCUACUACAACCCGCUCCCAGGGAAGGAUGGAGGCAAGAGGAUGGGCCUGAAAUUUGACCGGGUGAAGUAUUGGCUGUCAGUUGGGGCACAGCCAUCAGAUCCUGUGCAGAGUAUUCUCUUUCGUGCCGGACUUCUGCCACCACCUCCAAUGCUAGCUAUGGCACGGAAGGGUGGGCCACGUGAUAGGCGCCCCAUUCAUCCAAUGACUGGGCGCCCCUUGGAUCUCGAGGGCGUCACAAUUGUCGAUGACUCCAAUGCUCCUGAAGGCGAUGCUGAAGAGCCUACAGAUGAGGUGGCUUCAUAA